CGACUCUCCCUCUAUUUUCAUAUUCUCAGAUAUUCUUAACUGUGUAUGCCUCUUAGCCUAUACUAUCAGUCGCAUGUAUUCGAGAAAUGGAAAGCGUGGGAUUCUUCGAGGGACCCGAAAAGCUCAUGGAAGUGUGGUGGCAGCCGGUUUUGGAAGCUGACAGGGCAAGGGCAGAUUUGAGAUACAUUUCGCGGUAAGAAUACUGAAACGUGAAGUAACGUUUGUUUCCUAUUACCUAUAUCAUGUAAUUUAACGUCUUCUUGAGAAAUUAGUUAACUGCUCGAAAUGUGAAAGAAGGUAAUGAAGCAUAAACACGUGCAUGGGGCUUUGUAAAUAACCUCAGAUCUUGGAGAACUUGUGUUAUAAAAAAUUAAUGAGAGCUUUGUUUCCUCAAUACCCUGCUAGCAGAGUCACUUCGCAAUUACCCCACUGAGCCUCUUCUGAGAUGGUAUUUAGCGAAACUUCCCUUCGUCUAGGAGGGUCUGAAAGUAUCCUCCCUCAGAAAUAUUGAAGACUUCAAGAGACUAAAAUUCAUUUGCGAGUGUUCUGGGCACUACAAAAAUUAAGUACAAGAAAUGAAGGAGUGUUUCUUAUCAACAGGUGCAAUUUUUAUUUAUAAUAAUAUAUUAUUUUAUUUUAUUUUACAAUGCUGAUAAGUAAAUGAAAUAUGUGCUCUGUUUGCAAAUGCAAUAAAACACAUGGUUCAGUAAAAUGGCUGUGAACAUUUAACACAUGGUCGGUUUACUCAGAAUAUCAAAUCAAAAUAUCUGAGGUACAAACUCUUGUUAAACAUGUAUUGCCUGUGAAGGUGAGAGCAAUGAAACCACAACACCCCUAAUAUCACCACUGUACAAGAAAAGAGGCAGGAACUGGGGAGGAAAAAGUUUGAGUGUCAAUGAAAUCACAACCACGACAUCCAUAAUUUAUUCAAAGUUUCAUGACUAUGACAAUAAUUGUUUGUGCACAUCAUUGCGUAUUCAAAAUUUAAAACUUUAUCCUCUGUACCAAGCUCCCAACCUCUUCUCAUGCAAUGGCAAAUGCAAGUCCUAGGAUUUCAUGGUAACAAACGUUUCUGGUACCAUGUGGUUACCGUGAACUUAAAGUAAUGGAACCGAAAAAAUAGUUUCUCAGUGACAUAUCCUGAUUUAUAAAAUAGCUAAGAUAGUAUGCGCGCUCUGAUUGGACGAGAGGCAUGUUUGCAUGAGAGUAUGUAAAAAUGGUUGUGAUGUCAAGAUGUUUUGCUUUUCGCGCGCUAAUCACGUAAGCACAAAUUUGAAAAAGUUUUUUGAGUUCAAAACUCGACAAGGUUACUUUAUUUACUCAUUCCUUCGUCGGCUGAAACUUGGAAAAUCUUUACAAACAAUCUGUGUCAAUUUUUUUUUGCUAAAGCUGACAUUUUAAACGAGAAAAAUCCAUAUUUUGGAAAGCAUCUUUUUGCAAAACAAGAACUGAUUACACGUGCAAGACUUCGUGUACAAGACUCUGGGACUGGUAAGAAUUUCUGUUUUAAUUAGUGCCAUAACAAAGAGUUUUUGAGUUUUUUUGUAGGUAAGGCUAUUUUAUAAAAGCAACAGAAAACUUUUUUCCUGUGUUUGCAUAGCCUGAUAUAAAUACUUGAGGGGUUGGGAGAAUUCUCAACAUUUAUGCAAACCCUAGACUUUGUCCCAGGUUUGCAUAACUGUCUCGAAUUCUCCCAAUCCCUCUCGUGUUUAUAUCAGGCUAUGCAAACACGGAAAACAUUUUCUAUUGCUUAAAUAUUGAGACUUGGCAUCAAAAUACACAGAUAUAUAGUAUUUUCCCACUCAAAUUCUUAACUAGUGGAGCAAUUGUUAUUUAAAUUCUUUGGUUAAUACUCAGCUUGUAUAUGAAAUUUCAAAAAUGUUUUCCGCCAACAUAAAUCAAUCCGAAAGUGCAUUGCGCGUUACUGAUGACUGAUCACGCGUGAAAGAUGUUUUACAGUCUAGCAACAGCGAUUGUUAUGGCUUUUAUUACCAAGAAAAAAAAUGUAUGACUCCAAAAGUUUAAAAACAUUUAGAAGGCGGUCUUUUAGUGAUGAUUUCACAGCCAUUUUAGGGAAAUUAUUUGACAUAUUUAGAUUAUCAUACAAACACAAUAAUUUCACAUGCGGUUGCCUACUCAUCAAGAUAGCUCCCAAAACCGUGACAAGGUCUAUCGACCUUCUGACAUUUUAAUAGACAUUGAAGAUUUUUGUAAAUAAUAGUGCUUACUGAUGUUCAUUAAUUUUAAAGUAUGUUUAACAACAUGUUUCCCAUGUACAUUACAAAAAAAAAGUGGGUUCCUAUGAAUUUUCAUGGAACCAAAAAGUUGUUUCAGAUGGUUUCCCAUGAUCUCUGGGCACGGAACCGAAAAGUUGUUAUAUCCGUGAGUUUUGAAAUCCUAGGAUGGGUAAAUGCAUGGUUCAAUUGUCGCAUAAAUUUUAUUUGUGAGCAAUUACAGUCGACUCCCGAUAACUUGAACCUUCAAGGGAAAUCGAAAAAAGGUUUGAGUUAUCGGGAGUUUGAUUUAUCGGAAGUUCGAAGAAAAUAGCCAAUAGUAGGGUGAAAAACAGUUUUUACAGCACAGUGGUCAACAUAUCUUAUCACAUCUAAUUGUAGAAAUGUCAAGUGAAAAUUAAAAGACACUUCUAAAUUAUAAAUCAGAACGUAACGUAACAAAAGAUAGCCUAAAUAGAGCAUACAUUUUACUGUUUUGAGAAGAAAAGCUGCUUCACUUUAGUCUGUGACAAUCAACAUCAGCCUCCUCUAGUAAACUAUACUCCUACAACACGUCAAUAGGAAAUCCAAAAUUCAAUGUUUUGAACGCCAGUAGACAGCUUUUUCUCGACUUGUUAAGGGCUCAAGACAUGGUUUGAGUUAUCGAGCGUAAAAUUUUAUAGAAAAUGACCUGAGGGGAAUUGGUUCGAGUUUCUAGCAGUAGUUCAAGUUAGUGAGGGUUCGAGUUACCGAGGGUAAAAUUACAGUGAAUGUAAGACAGAAAUCCAGGGGAAAUCCAUUUGGUUCAAGUUAGCGCGAGGUUUGAGUUAGCGAGGAUUUGAGUUAUCGGGAGUCAACUGUAAUGUAUUUAAUGCAAGAAAACAGGUUUUUCAUUCAAGGCAAUGUAGCUUUCAUAUUUCAAGUUUCAUUUGUCAGCCAUGCAAUCAACCCCUACAAACAAUGAACAAAUGACAUUGCACUUGCACCAAGUUUGUGUAAACCUUGUGUGUUUUAUCGCCAAAACAAUCAAAGAAAUGUGUGAAAAAUUGACUGAAAUACAGUAUUAUAAAUACAAAAAAGCAUCACAUAUUAUUGAAACCAGUGACAUUAUGACAUUAUUAAAGCUUAUUUGCUACUUCUUUUGGGGCAUGUAAUUAUCUUAUUGGUACAUAAUUUCAUGGAUUUUACAAUUUUGGUGAGACAGUAUUUCACAGGUUUUAUUUUUGCGAUUUCAAUAGGCAACUAUGGAAUGAGGGCAUUAAAUUUCACAAUUCCAGCAUUCUCAAAGUAAUUUUAUUUUUUUAAAAAGUCUGAACUUUUAAAGUUCUAGUAAACUAGAAAAAACAAAAUGUGUACAAUGUACAUGUAUUUACUGAGAAACUUUUAAGUGUCUUUGCACUAUUUCACUAUAGAAGAUACAAAAUGAAAGUUGUGUACAGUAUAUUUGCCAAUACAUAUCUUUUAUGUGUUGCUUUUAUCAAUUUUUUCUGUGAUUUGAAUUUUACAUAUGGUAUUAAAUUUUGCGUGUUUAAAUUUUACAAGGACUUUUAUUUGCAUUGUCACUAUUUUAAUAUUCACAACCGUAACAGCGAUGGAAAUUCCACAGCCAACGGGGUAAUUUAUUCAAUCAACAACUUUCCCAAUCCUAUAACGUCAAAACUAAUGCAACCACAAAAAAAGCAUCCCAUAUCGGUUGCUGUCUGGAAAACCUUGCUCCAGUCAAUUGAUGUUCUUCUCUCUCACCUUCUUCUACACUGCUUAAAUUUUGUCUCUUCAAUGCCAGAUCGAUUAUCAACAAAACUCUACGAAUCAAAGAUUACAUUGUGGAUGAAUGCAUCAAUUUACUAGUGAUCGCUGAAACAUGGUCUAAGCCUGAUGAAUCCUCUGAUUUUCCUUUGCGUGAUAUAUGCCCAAAAAGAUACACUUUCCUUCACUGCCCCCAUUCCUCUGGUUCUGGUGGUGUCUGUGUCCAUAACAACUUAUUACAUGUUGUCGAUAGCCAUUGUUGUGUGGUUCUGCUAUUACUCGAUUUAUCGGCCACGUUUGACACUGUUGACUACAACUUAUUACUCAACAGACUUGAAUCUAAGUUUGCAACUCGUGGUAAAGCAUUGCAGUCGUUCAAAUCCUAUCUUUCUCAAUAUUCUCAGUUUGUUAGUAUCAACCUGGAUAAAUCCUUAUCUCAUGAAUUGAAUUGUAGGGUACCCCAAGGCUUCGUGUUGGACCCAGUCCUUUACCUUCUCUACACAUCACCUGUAGCUGACAUUCUUUGACGCCACAAUAUGGCUUUCAAACUUAAAAAUUGUAUGCUGAUGACACCCAGUUGUAUGCUUCUUUCUCCUGCAACUAUGACUUGGGAUUACAAUUUACCAUGAGUAACAUCAAAAAAUGCCUUAAUGACAUACAUUUAUGGAUGACUGCUAACAAGCUUAAAUUAAACACAGUCUGCAUACGUCUUUUAUCCCGCUUCAUUUUGGUGCUGAUCUCAUCUAGCCAUCCCAACAUGUCAGAGACAUGCUAUUUUUGACUGUACUCUUUCAAUGAUACCUCAGGUUAACUCCAUCUGUAAGUCAGCGUUCUAUCAACUGCAGAACAUUGCUCACAUUAGGAAGUAUUAUCUCCCAUGACCACUGAGUUCCUUGACCAGGCCUUUGUCUCAUCGAAGUUAGGCUUCAGCUGUAAUUCUCUGCUGUAUGGUAUUCCUAAAUAUCUACUGUGGAAACUACAAUCUGUUCAGAAUGCUGCUGUGCGCUUAGUGGCAUCUUUUUCAAAAUUUGAUCACAUAUGUCCUCUAUUGCAUUGGAUUGCAGUUGCAUACACUGUAUUCCAAAAUGGCGUCAACUUAAUUAUUCUUUUUAUAAUUAUGUUAAUUGGCCCUCGAUGCCUUGAUCGCAUCUUUAGAAUUCAAAGAAUUUCUAGCUGGAAUCAAGGCAUCAAGGGCUAAUUGAUAUAAAUUUAAAAGAAUAAUAAAGUCGUUGUUAUUUUGGAAUAUUAAAGGUGUAUUGGCUCCCCAUUGCCAAACGCAUUAGACUUAAAAUUGUCCUUUAAACCUUCAAAGGUCUUUAUGACCUACUGCCUUCCUACAUCAAAGAACUCCUAACUCGGUAUUGUCCUGCAUGCAUGCUUCAAUCAUCAUCUACCUUACUUUUAGCCCGGACUGAUUAUAACUUGAGGACUUCUGGUGCCAGGGCGUUCAGCAUCUCCACCCCUGAACUUUGGAAUUGGCUACCUGAUGACAUUAAAUCUAUUGACAAUUUAACAACUUUUAAAUCAAAGCUUGAGACCUUAUUUUUUUAAUGGUGCUCUGAAAUUUUUUUUUUUAAUGUCAUUUUUCUUUAUUUAUUUUUUACUGUCGUGUGAGUAUUGUGUAAAACACAAAGAGCUGCUGUAUAUGUGCUAUAUAAAUGUUUAUUAUUAUUAUUAUUAUUAUUAUUAUUAUUAUUAUUAUUAUUCAUUAAAAAGGGAAAUUAUUUUGCUUCUCUGAACAAUUUCAUUCAUUGUGAAAAGGGUAGAUGUAGUAAGGUUUAUAAUUUUAUUGAAAUUUGCAUCACUCAUGGAAUGUGUGUGGAUCACAUGGCAAGGCAGAAAGAAGUUGGCUUUAUAUAUAUUUAUAUAUCUUUACUUCUGGUCAUAGGCAUCCACAAUGUUGUCAUCAAGGCAACAAACUAGGUCCAAUGUUUUGGCUGUUUUUCUGGCCUUUUCGAUGAUCAAAAAAUGGUUCUGGCAAGAACCAGACUGCAGAAGUAUUUUGCAGAAAACGUUGUAGCAGUUUGGACCAGUAGCUUAAUUUAAUAAGAGCAAACAUCAAGAUGAAAGAACUUUUGUCAGUGCCUCACUUCACAGUUUAGCUUGUGCAAUAUAUUUGUUUGAAUUGUGUUUUAUUUUGCACUGUCAAAACCUUGCUUUUUUUCCCUAAUAUCCAAUUUGGAAUCCAUUCAGAAUUAUACCUCGGAAAAUCCUCAUUUAGCUUGAUACUUUCCCAUCUGAUGGAUCACAGUUUCAGUUCCAUACUUCGAACCCAAGUUGAACUUGCAUGCAAACUGCUGUGUUUGUAUUUUUUUUAACUGAGCGGCCAAAUAAUGCUUAAUAUGUUUACAUAUUUAAAAAUAAAACAAGGAAAUACAGAAAUAAGAAGAAAAAAGAAGGAAUAAGGUGGGACCUUCUUGACAGGAUAUUCACAGAGGGUCACCCAUCCAACAUGGCUUAACUUGAAUUUAAUCUUAUUUAAGGUCCAGAUAAGAACGAUAGCAACAACGGCAACGAACAUGUUGGAAUGCAAAAAAGGAGCUAACUUUUCUAUUGUCUGUACUUACUUCUGAUUGGCUUAAACAGCAAAAGUUAACAAAACUUCAUAAAGCGGUACAUAUAUUCAUCCUUACCUUCCAACCAUCUUCCAUAUAACAAAAUCUGGUCUCACUUUGAAUAACAAAGAAAUCCUAUGUGGGGAACAUGUAAAAUUGUAAACUUUUCUUGGCUAUUGUUUUCAACUCUUGUGAUUGGUCAAAAUCUUUUAACACCAAAAAAAACUCUUUCAAAGUUGAGUGUAAAUGCUUUUUAUUGUGUAAACGGCCUUCAUGUAGGUUUAUGCAUUCAUUGUGUAAAAAUGAGAACAUUCCUAUGUGGGGAAAGCACCGUUGCUGCAUAACAAAAGAAAUUGCUAUCCACCUUACCCGGAUCAUUACUUAAUCUUUAUUUCACAUGGCUUAACUUGAGUUGCACUACCAAAAAACUGAGUUUUGUGAGAUGUGUAUUUCUAGUUACAAUAGUCUUUGCGUUUUGUUAUUAGAUUAAUACCAAAUAUUAUAAAAUAAUAUUUUGUUAUAGUUAUUACUCUACAAAGGUGUGAAUGCAUUAUCCUUUUUUUUUACAGAGAGAAAUGGUCAAAUCUUUUAACACUUGUGAAUUGCACUAUCAUCAGUGAGAAGAGGAAUGAAGAUAUGACUGCAUAUCUUCUCAGGUAGGUACAUAUUGCAUUAGUAAAACAACUAAAGGUUAAUUGGGUGUAAGUAAGAUCAAUGCAAGGUGUUGCAGAUUUCUAAUUGCAGGCUCAGUAAAAUGCCCUUGCUCCAAUGCCUGGGUGCUUUGGAUAAGGGAAAAAAAUAGAUCAACAUGUAUGUGGACAUUAUAUUCAUUUGGUGUUAAUUUUUUGUAUUUUAUUGUUAUUUUAUUUAUUUAUUUAAUUAUUUAUUUAUGUUUUAAAUGGUUUUUUAUUACUUUUUAUAUGCUGCUCAGUUUUUAUUUAAUUUUUUGAUGUCUCAGUGAUGGGUAACGAAUCCUUAAAUGUACAUAUAUUAGUAGAAAAGUUUCAUGUGAUAGAAGGUCAAAAUGCACAUGAUCAGAUUAUGAGUGGUAGAAGGUCUAAACUUGCAUUCAUGAUUAGAAUACCUUAUAUGCAUUCCAUAUCCAUUCGUAGAGGAUAUCCAAAAAAAAAAAACAUGUCACACAUACAUGUAGGUUUAGUUUAAGAAGUGAAGGAAUAAAAAAUAUUUAAUGAUUUUAUUGUAUCCCCAGUCUAGCAAGAGGGUAUUCAAAAUUAGAGAGACAUGUUCCAUAACCAAACUUGUACAUUUGAAUGGAUUUAAUGCUCAUGGACCUUCUGAUCUUAUUUUACAGUGAGAGCAGCUUGUUUGUAUCCCGUACACGAGUAAUCCUCAAGACAUGUGGACAAACUGCUCUCUUGUACUGCAUUAAACCUUUGCUAGAACUUGCAGCAACUGAGUGUGGAUUGACUGAGGUGCAGGUAUGUACAACUUAAAUUAACAACAGAGAAAAAUGUAAUAUAAUUUGAGUCGGAUAAAGAAAAUUUUGGACUCCCAGACUGGAAUAAAAUCUUAUUUCAGUUGCUGAGAGCACAGCAUUUGUCUGCUUCUAGUUUAGAUGGUACACAGUCCAUUACUUUUUUAUUAUUGUAGCUUUGAUAAUGUUUUGCAGGAUUUCUUCUAUUCACGUAUGAAUUACCUAGCACCCAGCCUACAGCCAGCACCUCACCAAACUUUUGAGCAAGAGGUCUGUCUCGUGUUUUCUGUUUUUAAUUCUUAUCCAUUCAUUCAUUCAUCUAUACAUUUCUAUGUAAACAAAAUGAUAAAUCUUGGAUUGAGUAAAUUUUCUUGUAAAUAAUUUUAAAAGUAGCAAAUUAGUAUAGGCAGAGGGAAAGAUAUUAUUAAAAUAUGAGCUUGGGUUUGCAUGUGUAUUCAUAUUACUAUGUAGAAUUUCAACAUGUUAAUUUAGUUCAUUGUUGAAGUUGAUGCCAAAAUCCAUCGAAUCCACUUGUCGUAUGAAAUAUUGGACCUAUCAUAGUUUUUUUUUUGUUUCUUUGUAGGUCCAGUGGCUAGAUAAAUUAUUUUCAGGUAUGUUCUGACACUUCUGUAGAUUUCAUGUGCCUCUUGUUUUAGCCGAUCAUAAUUCACUUCAUCUUAACGUGUAGGAAAAAAAAUUAGACCAACAAAAUAGACCAAUUACAAUACACAGUCAAACCCCCACUUUACGGACACUCACUUAAUACAGACAGUUUUCCCUGUCCAUGGAGAAAGCAGGCCAUUUCAUUUCCUCUAAAUUUAACCCACUUAAUACUGACUCUUUCUAUGGCCCCCUUUGUUUCUCUAUUAAUGUAAAAAAAGGUAAAGGCACACACAAGCCAAAAGUAUAAAGUAGUUUGACUUUAUUACAUGUAAAAUUCAGACUUGGCACCAAAACUUGGGAGAAUAAAACAAAGGAAGUCAUCUUAGCAAUGAAUAAUGCAUUUCUUUUAUUUCCCCAAGCCUCAGUGCCAAGUCUAAAUUUCAAAAUAUCAAGUUGAUCUAUUUUCCUACAUAAUUAUAUAUUUGUAUGAAACAGUGAAGCAGUUAAGUUCUGCUAUUUCAUCUUUUUUUAAAACCUAGUUUGAAUUUGUAAAUCUAUGCUUAAGCUCAAAGGCAUUAUGUUUCUGAUAGGAAGUUAAUUUUAUCUUUAAAACUGUAACUAUUUUUUCCUAUUCUUAGAUGGUGCAGGAUAUGCUCUUGGAAGAUUAAAUGGUCAAGAUACAUGGUAAACAAUUAUUUAUGUACAACUCAAAACCUGCUCAAGACUCAUUCUUGUUUACCAAUAUACAUUGUUAUAAUGAGAAGAAUAUUAACUGUUUUUUAAUACAACAUCAAUAGUUUUUCUCUUUUGGUUAUUUUCCUUUAUUGCUUGUGGCCUUUGGAGGAAGCUUUUAGCCAUUCUACAAAUGAAGGAUGAUGAUGAUGAUGAUGAUGAGUUAAUAAUUUAUUUUACCGGUAUUUAUGUUCUAGGUACUUGUACACACUUGAUAACAUCUUACCAGGAGUGUCUGAGCCUGACCAAACUUUGGAGAUAUCCUUUUAAGUUUUACUCAGGGUAGCACCUCAAGUCAAGUUUUACCUUUAUCCUAUACUUCUAACCUCGUCUUAGUUCUUGAUAAAUUGUUCUUGAUUCGGGAUCCUGGAUUCGUGCAGGAAUUGAGAAUUGAGUCAAGAAUGGAGACUCACAAAGGAAUGUCAACUGACUUUCAAACGGUUAACUGUACGUGAAAGCAUAUACAUGUACCUGCCAACUCUCCAAGAUUAUCCAGAAGUCUCGGGGACCAGCAGAUACCCAAUCAAUCUCCUACUCUCUUGACAGGUCACCAAAUCUCCCAGAUAAAAUCAACUUUUGAGCUUUCCUGUGCUUUAGUAUGGAAUUCAGCCCAAAAUUGACCCAUAGUAUGGUUUCUGGGGUAUUUUUGUGCAAUAUUUUAUCAAUGACAAAUAUUAUUUGGUCAUUACAAUCAAGAGUGAAUUUUGGUGGGCUCUAAUAAUCAUGUAAGAGUUAAUAUAUUGUCCUAAGCCACACCAACAUUAUGAUUUGGGGAGUGGGUCAAUUCGUGUUGAUAUGGAGGGGGGGAGGAGAGAGUCUCCAGAUCUCGGCAUCUCUGUGAAGGUUUGUUACUAAUGUGCAAAUUGACCCUGUUGAUGGGUUUUUAUGGAACUGAGGUAAACUGAGACUUGGCUUGAGAUGCUCAUAUUCGUUCAUGAUGAAAUUUAAAGUUUUUUCUUGAAAGCUUUGUUUUGUAAAAUAUUGGGAAAGGGAUUACUUAAAGUACUUUCUCCUUAACUUGUAUACAUCUUGAUGCUGGAUCUUGAUCGAGAGGUUAUGAACAAGUUCUACAAGUCAAAAUAUUCUGAUGCUGAUGAAGUCACUAAGGUGGGCUUUUUUUGCCAGGGUAAUGCUUACUUGAAUAAUUCACAUUCGUCUUAUUUACUUAAUAUAGUGCUAAUAUCUAUGUACGUAUUCAGUAGCGCAGUAAAGUGAAAAGGGAAAAACAUGUAUAUAAAAGGGAAAAAUGCACCCGUUUGAUUCGUGGUUAGAAUUUUAUGAAUACUUUUUUUAUUUUAUUACCUUGUCACCUAGGAGACAGGCAUCAGUGAGUUUCUUCCUGGGGCAGUGAUCGAUGCUGCUUUGUUUGAACCCUGUGGGUAUUCAGCCAAUGGGCUUCUGGAUGUAAGUAAAAAAUAAUUAAUAUAUGAUAUAAAGGUCUUACAGUUUUGUUUUUAAGGGAAACUACCUGAAUAAUUUAUAAUAAUUAUUCUAUGGAGAGUUUUCUCAAUGAAUAUCAGCUUUAAUACAUAUUUUAACUACCAUACAGUAACUGUUAAUCUAUGUGGCAAAUCCAGGUGGGGGUUUGUGUGUUUAAUUUCCAUUCCAUUAGCACAAACAAAAGCCUUGGAUGAGUUCCGGCCAGUGGAAGACAGUUUCAUUAAACUAUUAAAUUAUUAAUUUUAUUCUGCAAAUAUCAGCAAUUUAGUAAAGUUAAUAAACAUUUAAAUGGUUGGUUUUACUUUGAAGGUGUCUGUAAAUAAAUAGCAAUAAUCUGAAACAAGGCAAUAUUACACUUGUUUAACAUUUAUUGCUGGUAUGACAGAUGUUGGCAUUGGGGAACAACAAUGUCAUUACUCCAGAGUGGUUUCCUACCAUGGAACACCUCCGGGUGAGCUGCCCGUUUUUUAAUACUCUGACUAGUAACCUUAAUGUUACUAAUUUCUGCAGGACUUAAUUUUGCAAAUGUUUAUCACACUAUGAAAGCUAGAGAUGUGAAAAACGUUUUCAUGAAACAACAACAGUAACAGCAAUUUUAAUACCUUGCUGCUGUCCCUCCUGCAAAUCCUUCUAAAUCUGAACGGAUGUCAUUUUGUUCUUAUCACAGAGCAUAUUAUGCUGUAUAAUUCUGCUGACUCUUGUAGUGUAAGGUUGUUUUGCAAACAAAUAUUACUACAAUAUGCCCCAUACCAGUCUGUGAGCUAAUCAGAGAGGUGUGAUGGAUUUGGGAGGAAAUGAGCAUGCUGUUAGCCUCAGAUUUGCUGUUCAGAUGACUAUUUCUACCUACCGAUGUAAAGUAAAGACUCUUUACCUUUACCUUUUGUUGGGUACAGAUGUCAACGAAAGGUGCCAAAAAUCUAAGUAGAGUAGUCAAUCUGUUUGCCACAGACAUCCGCUCCAGGAAUUUAUUGUGAUGUGAUGAUGUGCUACAUAAGCCUGUAAGUCAACUCCCUUAUGUGAAUCUUUUCUCUCUCACACAUAGGAAAGCUACUUCAACAUCCAUAUUACUCCACAGCCUGAGUGCUCUUAUGUCAGCUUUGAAACCAAUAUUAAAAUGGUAAGUUGAAAAAACCAAGAAUAUAGAAGAGAUGAAAGUACAGCUCAAAUAACGGAGGGGGAGACAGUUGUCUUAUCUGAGAUUUUCUUUUAUCUUAAUCCUCAUGUUAUCCUGCAUUUGAGUGGUUACUCUUGUACUUAUUUACUUACCAUUUUGUUCCUGAGUUUUGUAUAAUAUAGUCUUACAUACCCUUGUGUCUAUUUAGCAGAAUUAAGGAAAUCUUUCUUUGAAGCAGUUCUAUUGUGAGGCAGGAUUUAUAAGCUACCUUAUGAUCUUUGAUCAUUUGUUGCCACGUGGCGAAAUUCUCAAGUGACAUCUACGUUAAUGUUUUAAGUCCCAAUAGUCAUGACCAACAUCAAUUUUCUCCUCAAAAUAUCCAUACAUUGUCAAGAGAUAAGGUUGUGGAAAUUAAGAAAAUGAUCACUAAAGAGAAAAUGCCUUGAUCUUUUAUUAAAUUCUCUCAACUAAUUCUUAAAGGAAAUGUAUGGAGAUCGGUUUGGAGAAUUUGUAUGUGGAUAUUGGGGCUUAAGGGGUCAAUGCUUAUGCUGUCGAAAGCUUCAAUGAUAAUAUUUGUCAGGGUUCGUACAGGUCAUGGAAAACCUGGAAAGUCAUGGAAUAUAAGAAUUUUAUUUUUCAGGCCUGGAAAGUCUUGGAAUUUACUUAUCGGUCCUUGAGAGUCAUGGAAAAUUAAAGUUUUGUUUGGUAGAUUAGUUACUGCAGGUGACAAAGCAAGGACAAUUGAAGAUAGAAAGGAGUAAUUAUAGAGCCCAAACGGCACGCUUUUUGAUGGACACCUGAGUUUGUGUCUGUUGAACCGUUUAAGGUCAAAAAAUACCCCCAAACGAGAAAAACUGUGAACAUCUUUGAAAGUGACAGCUUAACCUAAGGUCUUGGAAAACUUGAAAAGGUAUCUCCAAGUGACCAUGUAAUGUUCUCUUUAUUACAUAAACACCAAUGAAAUACCAAACCAUUUCACUUUAAUAGUUUUGGUGUGAAAAGCGAGAUUUAUUAUGUAGCCAUAGCAAUGGUGAUAUUUUCACAUGUAAAGAUAUUACGUUUUCGCGCAAAAGCUCACCUGGUAUUUCAUUGGUGUUUAUGUAAUAAAAAGCAAUCUUUUGCUAGACUUGAACGAUACUUCUUGUUUUCUCUUAGAGUUCCUAUAAAGAACUGAUCAGCAGGGUUCUUGAAGCUUUCAAACCUGGAAGAUUCCUUAUGACUUUGUUUGCCAAUGAGGUUAGCGUCAAUCACUUCUAAGUAUUAAGGCUCAGUCAAUUCCACGUGUGUCCGUCCAUCCCGUCCCCGCCCGGGCAUUUGUUAGGCAUUUGAUAUUUUGUCAUCAGAAAGGUGCUGAAGCCUUCGUUGAGACCAGUCAGUAUACAGCUAUUUCGAGAAAAGUUGUUGGAAAAAAUGUACACGCGAUAAUCCCGAAAGGUUAUGGAAAGGGAUAUGAUCAAUUCACUGUUGCUUACACGGUAGCUGUCGAACCUACUUUUGUUGCUUUCCUUUAGCACUCGCAAACAUACAUCCAAGGCCUUUCGUGCAAUUCUCUCAAAUUUCUCUGAAGAACAAUGAACUCAAAACUGCCCAUAAUACCUUUCGUGAUUGUGGUGUGCAUUUUUUCCGACAACCUUUCUCGAAAUAGCUGUAUACAGAAAACCCACGUUAGGGGUUAGAGUACUCCAAUAACACCAUGGCUUUACUGAGAAUUGAUCAGUAACAUCGUGUCUUAAUUGAGCAGUAAGGUCAAUGAGAGUUCCGACUUGCUUAUGACAUGACUCCCGGGUUCAGCCCAUUCAUAAUGCUGUUCCUUGGUACAGUUCAUAUAAAUAGAUAUUAUUGAGUUAUACAGUCAUCCAAAUGUAUCUUACAGAUGAAUGAACGUCUUAUACUUCUAGGAGAUAAGACGAAAACGCCACUAAAAACCGUACCUUUGAUGGCACAGUACCUUAAAGAAAGUGUACUGAAUAAACAUACAGCGUGUAUAAAACUAUGUAACAUAAGAACUACAACAUUAUAAGAAAAGGAUGCAAACACGAAGGUUGCCCUUUCGAACAACACAAAUCCCUUGCUGAAAGCCUAGAUAGUCGAUAGUCAUUUCAUAACAGUCCGCGCUUGUCUCCAUUAUGUUCGUCAAAAUGUUAAGUUCUCCGUUAUUCGUUCCCGUGUCACUAAGUCAGAAAUUAUAUUGUGAAUGUCUGUUAUUUUGUGUUUCUGCAGGGGGCGCCAUGUGGAUUUUCAUACAAAACCUUUCAAGAGGGUUCUAUUGCAGGCUACAAACGCAAUGACCUCCAGUUGUCGCAGAUGAAAAUGUAUAACCUGACGUAUGGUCAUUAUGAAAAAAUCUAGGACAUUAAGAGAUAUAUACUAGGUCACGACAAGAGAUAUAUACUAGGUAAUGACAUGGUCUUUCAGAAUAGACCACAGCGUGGUGUGGAAAUGUAUUAUGACAGUUCAGUUCAGUUCAAAUAGCGUAAUAUAGCCGGAUUAAGGCCGAUUUAUAUGCAAACAUUUUGUUGCAUGCGAUCGAUGGGCUUUCUUGCCCCCCCCCCCUCCCCCCGAGGGGGGCUCCCGUUUGAAAGUGAGGGGGGUGAUUGUCGUCUUGCUCAAUAUUUUUACCCAUAAAAACAUCGCUUAGGAUUGUAGGUACAGAAGAACCUAAUAAGAAACAAACGCCGCCAUACCAUGCUUAAGUUUGGUCUCCUGUAGGCGUGGUUGGCCACGCCCAGACAGAUUGGUCUGCUUUAGGGGUCAAAUUCUAAUUUUUCGACGAGCGUCACUCUCUCUUUCAUGUCUGAGUCUUCCCGGGCUUCCUCUUUUUAAACUUUGCCUAUAGCGAUGUCGGACGUGAAUAUUCGGUCCCCAUUCGCUUCCGUACGGUCUCCAAGGAUGGGGUCCAAUUUAUGCGAUAUAUUUAUAGUUGACGUUUUUCCGGGUAAAUCGUAAGUCCUACACAGUUUGUCUUCCGAAGGCAACUGUUCAAGCUUGAAGGGGCUAUGUUUAAUCUUAAGUUUGGGUAGCUGCUUCUAGCUUAGCCAGGUUCGUGUUGAGGGCGAUAAUUUACGAAAAAGGCCAGCUUGACAGUAAGAAGAUAACUGAAUGAACCUAUUUUCUGGGCAUGUUUGCAACGAAACUGAUUAAGAGUUAUUUUCCUGAUACUAGAAUUAUUUUUAACGUAUAUAACCGCUCUAUUUUUAACGAGUACGACUCUAUUUUUUUCCUAAUAAUAUUAUUGUCGCUCUCAAUUAUAGAGCAUUAUAAAAUCCAGGUAAUUCUGUAAGAAGACUUAAGAACCUUGGCUUAUAUUUGUAAAGAUAUAUACUAUUUUCGGUGGAAACAGUUUUGCCAGUCAGUUAUUUAUGUAACUCUUUAAAUUAUUAUGCUGAAAUGCCAAGUAAUAGUUGUUUGAUGGGUUUUCCCUGGAUACACCUGUUGUAGGCCAAGUGUGUGCU